AUGAGUGGCUUCCUUGCCUCCCUGGACCCCCGGUGGGUGCAGUGGGGGGCCGCCUGGUAUGCCAUGCACUCCAGGAUCUUGCGCACCAAACCAGUGGAGUCCAUGCUGGAGGGAACUGGGGCCACCACAGCCCAUGGCACCAAGCUAGCUCAGGUGCUCACCACCAUGGACCUCAUCUCACUUGGCGUUGGCAGCUGCGUGGGCACGGGGAUGUACGUGGUAUCUGGUCUGGUGGCUAAGGAAAUGGCAGGACCCGGUGUCAUUGUGUCCUUCAUCAUUGCAGCCGUUGCAUCCAUAUUAUCAGGCGUCUGCUAUGCAGAGUUCGGAGUCCGUGUCCCCAAGACCACUGGGUCAGCCUAUACCUACAGUUACGUCACCGUCGGGGAAUUUGUGGCGUUUUUCAUUGGCUGGAACCUGAUCCUGGAGUACCUGAUUGGCACUGCGGCUGGCGCCAGCGCUCUGAGCAGCAUGUUCGACUCUUUAGCAAACCACACCAUCAGCCGCUGGAUGGUGGACAGCGUGGGAACUCUCAAUGGCCUGGGGAAAGGGGAAGAAUCGUACCCUGACCUUCUGGCUCUAGUGAUUGCAAUCAUCGUCACCAUCAUUGUUGCACUGGGGGUGAAGAAUUCCGUGGGCUUCAACAAUGUCCUCAAUGUGCUGAACCUGGCAGUGUGGGUGUUCAUCAUGAUCGCAGGCCUCUUCUUCAUCAAUGGGAAGUACUGGGCUGAGGGCCAGUUCUUGCCCCAUGGCUGGUCAGGGGUGCUGCAAGGAGCAGCCACGUGUUUCUAUGCUUUCAUUGGCUUUGACAUCAUCGCCACCACUGGAGAAGAAGCCAAGAAUCCAAACACGUCCAUCCCUUAUGCUAUCACCGCCUCCCUGGUCAUCUGCCUGACAGCAUAUGUUUCUGUGAGCAUGAUCUUAACUCUGAUGGUGCCAUACAGUGCCAUCGACACGGAAUCCCCGCUCAUGGAGAUGUUUGUGGCCCAUGGGUUCUACGCUGCAAAAUUCAUAGUGGCCAUUGGGUCAGUUGCAGGACUGACAGUCAGCUUGCUGGGCUCCCUCUUCCCAAUGCCAAGGGUCAUUUAUGCCAUGGCUGGUGAUGGGCUCCUUUUCAGGUUCCUGGCUCACGUGAGUUCCUACACAGAGACGCCAGUGGUGGCCUGCAUUGUGUCGGGGUUCCUGGCAGCUCUCCUCUCACUAUUAGUCAGCCUGAGAGACCUAAUAGAGAUGAUGUCCAUCGGCACACUCCUUGCCUACACCUUGGUUUCUGUCUGCGUCUUGCUCCUUCGAUACCAACCGGAGAGUGACAUUGACGGUUUUGUCAAGUUCUUGUCCCAGGAGCACACAAAGAAGAAGGAAGGCAUCCUGGCUGACUGUGACAAGGAAGUUUGUUCUCCUGUGAGUGAAGGGGAAGAGUUUUCUGGCCCAGCCACCAACACAUGUGGGGCCAAGAACCUACCAUCUCUGGGAGACAACGAGAUGCUCAUAGGCAAAUCCGAUAAGUCAACCUACAAUGUGAACCACCCCAACUAUGGCACUGUGGACAUGACCACAGGCAUAGAAGCUGACGAAUCUGAAAACAUUUAUCUCAUCAAACUAAAGAAGCUGAUUGGGCCCCGUUACUACACCAUGAGGAUCCGGCUGGGCCUUCCAGGCAAAAUGGAUCGGCCCACGGCAGCUACAGGGCACACGGUGACCAUCUGCGUGCUGCUGCUCUUCAUCCUCAUGUUCAUCUUCUGCUCCUUCAUCAUCUUUGGUUCCGACUACAUCUCAGAGCAGAGCUGGUGGGCCAUCCUUCUGGUUGUUCUGAUGGUGCUGCUGAUCAGCGCCCUGGUGUUCGUGAUCCUGCAGCAGCCAGAGAACCCCAAAAAGCUGCCCUAUAUGGCCCCCUGCCUCCCCUUCGUGCCUGCCUUUGCCAUGCUGGUGAACAUUUAUCUCAUGCUAAAGCUCUCUACCAUCACAUGGAUCCGGUUUGCAGUCUGGUGCUUUGUGGGUAUGCUCAUUUACUUCGGGUACGGCAUCUGGAACAGCACCCUGGAAAUCAGCGCGCGCGAAGAAGCCCUGCACCAGAGCACGUACCAGCGCUACGACGUGGACGACCCCUUCUCGGUGGAGGAGGGCUUCUCCUACGCCACGGAAGGCGAGAGCCAGGAGAACUGGGGCGGGCCGGGGGAAGACAAAGGCUUCUAUUACCAGCAGAUGUCAGAUGCCAAGGCCAACACCCGGACAAGUAGCAAAGCGAAGAGCAAAAGCAAACACAAACAGAACUCAGAGGCCCUGAUUGCAAAUGAUGAGUUAGAUUACUCUCCCGAGUAGGAGUAAACACACAAGAAACGUGUAGAAACGGUGGUGAUUCCUUUUCAGUAACUUAAACCGUGGGCUAGAGGAUGAAAACAUUUUUGGCUCUCAUUUCAAAAAUCCAGCCUUCCCCAGAGUCAGUCCCCAGUCAUAGCCUGUCAUUUGCUAGUUUUGCUCUUCCGGAUAGUUCUGUCGAAGAGUUUAACCUGGGUUUCAUCACUGAUCCCCUUGUUUAAAAAA